AUUAUUGUCCUAUGAAAUGAGAGCAUGACCAGCAAACACAGGCACGAGCACCACCCCUUUGAUUAUACAGUUCUAUAUCAUUUCUUUUUACAUAAUCUCUGACAUGAUAGACGGUCUGCCGUCCGAUAACAAUGCUGAUAUAAGCUUUUGACAAGCCGCGUGUUCUGGUAAUUUUGAUGUGCCAAGGCUUAAUGGAUACGUCCAAAUCAGUGAUAAGGACUUGCGGUAUGCAGCCCAUCCACUCUCAUGCUGGCUGAGUGCUGAAAACUUAAUGUGGGCCGCUCUGCGGCUCCCACUACCUUCCUGCCAUGGGGAAUACCGCCACCAAGUUUCGUAAAGCACUUAUCAGUGGAGACGAAGUCCUGGCUUGCCAGCUUUAUGAGAGCAACCCCCAAUUUAAAGAGGCUCUGGAGCCCAACACGUCUUAUGGGGAGCCCUAUCAACACAACACACCCCUGCACUACGCCUCACGCCAUGCCAUGACAUGCCUCAUCAGGUAUUUCCUUUUCUACAAAGAUGGCAACCCCAACAAGUGCAACGUUCACAAUGAGACUGCGUUGCACCUGCUGUGCAUGGGCCCGCAGAUCCUGCUGAGUGAGGGUGCACUGCAGCCGCGGAUCAGCCGCCCCCAGGAGGAUGAACAGAAGCGGGCUGAGUGUCUCCAGAUGAUCCUGCAGUGGACCGGAGCCAAGCUGGACAAGGGCGAGUAUGAGAGAGCCAAUGUCAAUGCCACCGACAACAAAAAGAGCACCUGCCUGCACUACGCAGCGGCGGCUGGCAUGAAGAACUGUGUUGAGUUAUUAGUGAAGAACAACGCAGAUUUGUUCGUGGAGAACGAGGACAGGGAGACGCCAUGUGACUGUGCAGAGAAACGGCAUCACAAGGAGCUGGCCCUCAGUCUGGAGUCUCAGAUGGUUUUUUCUCGGGACGCUGGAGCUCAGGAGAUAGAAGCGGAGUAUGCCGCCCUUGACCAGCGAGAGCAAUAUGAGGGAUUGAAUCUGCAAGACCUGCGUCGGUUGAAAGACAUGUUGAUAGUGGAGACGGCGGAUAUGCUGCAGGCUCCUCUCUUCACGGCUGAGGCCCUGCUGCGAGCUCAUGACUGGGACAGGGAAAAACUUCUUGAAGACUGGAUGUCUAAUGCGGAGGACUGCUGCCAGCGCUCCGGUGUUCAGAUGCCAACUCCCCCACCGAGUGGCUACAAUGCUUGGGACACUCUGCCUUCUCCUAGAACCCCGAGAACAACUCGCUCCUCUGUCUCCUCCCCUGAUGAGAUCAGCCUGUCUCCUACUGAUGGCCUUGCCCUGUGUGGGAUUUGCAUGUGCAGCAUAUCUGUGUUUGAGGACCCUGUGGAUAUGUCGUGUGGGCACGAGUUCUGCAGGGCAUGCUGGGAAGGGUUUUUGAAUCUGAAGAUCCAAGAAGGGGAAGCACAUAACAUCUUUUGCCCUGCUUACGACUGCUUCCAGCUGGUUCCUGUGGAGGUCAUUGAAAGUGUUGUCUCCAGAGAGAUGGAUAAGCGCUAUCUGCAGUUUGACAUUAAGGCUUUCGUGGAUAAUAAUCCUGCCAUUCGCUGGUGCCCCAUAGCCAGAUGUGAAAGAGCCGUACGACUGUCUAGACCAGGCCCUGGAGCCUCUGACUCUCUGAGCUUCCCCUUGCUCAAAGCUCCCGCUGUAGACUGUGGCAAAGGACAUCUCUUCUGCUGGGAGUGUAUUGGGGAUGCUCAUGAACCUUGUGACUGUGAGACAUGGAAGAUGUGGCUGCAGAAAGUGUCUGAAAUGAAGCCUGAAGAAUUGGCUGGUGUGAGUGUAGCCUAUGAAGAUGCUGCCAACUGCCUGUGGCUACUCACCAACUCUAAACCUUGUGCCAACUGCAAAUCCCCCAUCCAGAAAAAUGAAGGCUGCAAUCACAUGCAGUGCGCAAAGUGCAAGUAUGAUUUCUGCUGGAUUUGUCUUGAGGAAUGGAAGAAACACAGCUCCUCUACCGGAGGAUAUUAUCGCUGCACACGCUACGAGGUCAUCCAACAGGUGGAGGAGCAGUCCAAGGAGAUGACUGUGGAGGCAGAAAACAAGCACAAGAGUUUUCAGGAACUUGACCGUUUUAUGCAUUAUUACACGCGAUACAAGAAUCAUGAACACAGUUACCAGUUAGAGGAACGACUCCUGAAAACAGCCAAAGAAAAGAUGGAGCAACUAAGCAAAGCUUUCAUUGGAAGGGAAGGAGCCCCACCUGACACCACUUUCAUUGAGGAUGGUGUGCAUGAACUUCUCAAGACCCGACGCAUCCUUAAGUGCUCUUAUCCGUAUAGUUUCUUCUUAGAGCCCAAAAGCACAAAGAAAGAAAUAUUUGAACUUAUGCAGACUGAUUUAGAGAUGGUCACCGAAGACCUUGCUCAGAAGGUGAACAGGCCUUACCUCCGCACCCCUCGCCAUAAGAUCAUCAGUGCCACGUAUCUGGUGCAGCAGAAGAGACGGGAGUUCUUGGCCUCUGUGGCUCGAGGUGUCGCCCCAAAUGAUUCUCCUGAGGCUCCCCGUCGCAGUUUUGCUGGUGGGACGUGGGAUUGGGAGUAUCUGGGAUUUGCCUCUCCUGAGAUGGUGAGGAAUCACCCAGUACGGGGAUCAAAUGCACAGCGUGAGAACAAUUACAAUGCAGGAGGCCAGCCGCAGGAAUACUCCGAUUUCCAGUACAGACGGAGACACAGACAGAGGCGUAGAGGAGACCUUCUCAGACUGCACAGCCUCCGCAGUAACACCCCUGAACCACAUGACUCCGAUGACAAUACUUUAGAAAACCAUGAGGGAGGCAAUACACAAAGGCAUGGGAUCUCCAUGGCACUUGGGUCUCUGGAUGAAGAUGACCCCAAUAUUUUGUUGGCUAUUCAGCUGUCCCUACAGGAGUCCGGGCUGGCCUUGGACCCCGAGCCUCAGGAUGUGCUCAGUAACGAUGCCUCUGUAGGUGCCAGUGGUUCCUCUCUGCCCUCUAGACUGGAUUCUGCACCCCAUACUGCGGAUCCCCCCCGAGCUUCCAUGAGCAGCUCUGAGCUCCUGGAGUUGGGAGACAGCCUUAUGAGACUGGGUAACAUUACCAGCCACUAUACACCCUUUAAUAUGAGUUCCUACCCUGAUGCCUUGGGUAAUGCCUUCACCCCUAGUGACCCAGACUGCCUGGACCCUUCCACCAAUGCCAAUCUGCUUGGCAACAUUAUGGCCUGGUUCCACGAUAUGAAUCCACAGAGCAUUGCACUGAUUCCCUCAGCCACCUCAGAUGCUAGUCCCGAGCUACCUGUUUUUGGAGAGGGACAAUCUGCCAAAGCCCAGGACGAGGAGAAUGAGGUGGGGAGCCCUGAGCAGAGUUCCCUAUCGCUAAUGAAAGAGAGCGCAGGUGUGUUGGCAUCGCAGCUUUUGGAGCUAGAAUGUGUGGAUGAUGCACAACCUCCUAAAGCAGAGCCAGUCUUGGAGGGUUCGGUGGGCAGUGUAGAUGUCACUAGUGUAGUUUGUCCGGAGAGCAGUACUGAUCGGGAUCCGCAGGUAACUGACCUCUCCUCAGAGUGGGAGGAAGAAGUGCACCUAGUGUGAGGAAAAAAUCGAAUUAUGUUUACCAACUGAGUGCUCUUAUCGUGCCAAAACACUAAAUAAAUGCAGAACUGCUUGUUCAGAAAUGGAGAAUAGUGAACCAGGUGCGUUGGGGUUAGACGGGACUUGUCUUGGUUGUGUGUUGUACUGCAUCUGGUGGAAAAAACAAGAAAUUGUGCAAGUAGGUGAGAGAAGAGUGGGUCUCAUUCACUAACCGUAUUUGUGUGUGUAUAAAUGUUUUUGCACAGAAAUCAUAAUUCAUUGAUUAUCUUAGCACUUUGAUUUUUUUCUACAUUUAACAUAAAAUUCAGAACCAUCUAAAACUAUAUGUAUGUAUGUAUGGAAAGAUCAUUCCUUGUGGCCUUGAAACAUGAAAUGGUUUAAACCGAAAAGUUCAUACGGAAUUGGAAAUUUGAACAGCUGCGUGUCCCAAAAAUGAUUUAGCAUUAGAAAAAUUACACAUAUUUUAGAUCGGCAAUGGGUUCUGCAUAAAAAUGUGUUGUUAGGCUUAUAUAAAAGGUCUUUAUUUUGUAUUUAAAAGCCAUUGGAGAUGGACAUGGUUAGGGCACUAAUUAUGGCAAUUGUUAACUUUAGGUAGAAUAAAUCUGGAUUCAUUAACAUUAGAAAGACAGUUAGUGCAAAUUUACAUUCCAUACCAGUUAAGAGUAAUGAGGUAGAAAUUUUGAAUAAGAACCAUUUUUGUGCACAUAAGAACACGGUUAUAAGUGAAUGUUGCAAAGUAUUAAACUCACAUUGAAAUGGAAGUAGUGGCAGGUGUUUUAUUCCAUAUUGUGGUGUACAUCUGAGUGAAAUGGAUAUUUGGAAAAAAAAAUGUUAGCUGGCGACUUGGUUAUAUCCACUGCUGUGUUGAUUGCAGUCGAUUGUAAGAAAGAGGCGGGGUUUAUGCAUGCUAAAUGACUGGAUAAAUUAACAUGCAUCAUCAUAGAGGGACUAUGUCAUUUUCAUUGGAGGAUCCACUUGGUUUGAAGAUUAAAAGGUUUUCAUUUCAAGCCGAGCAAAGCCAUCUCUAGUUAUCUUGCUGUGGGUGCCAUGAGAGAAAGCUCCAUCUGUAUUAGAUUGGAAAGUCAUUCUUUCUUUUAAGUUCAAAUUAAUGGUAAUUAGAUGAAUGAAUUUUUGACUUUGUUGUAUCUUUCUGAAAAGCAAAAGGAAUGUUUACGUGGAGAAGAAAAUACAUGAAAGCAUCAAUCCAAUAUUUAUUGGAUCUUACAGUAACCGAGUGAAGCCACCAUUAAGACCAGUUUUGUUUUUAAUUGUACAGUUCUCCUAUUUAGCAAUGCCAAUGUAUUGCUUUAUUUAAAAACACUAAUGUUCUUUUUGUAUAAUUUAAGUCACAUUUAAUGCAAGUGCAGAUUGCACAAUGCACAUUUCAUAUUACGUAAAAGGAGUGUUUUGAAAUCUUUAGAAUGUUUGUUCUUCAACAUAUUGUCCUGUUCACUUCCAAAAGGUUGCACUUCAUGUAAAUUUACACUCCUGAAAAUUUAAGGGCAUUUAUUACCUUAUCUGUUGUGACUACUGCACACAAUACCUCUGAUUAUCCUGUGGUGUGUAUUUCAUUUGGCCUCAUGAAUAACGCAUGUGACCCUGGACUGCAAAACCAGUCUUAAGUCGCUGGGGUGUAUUUGUAGCAAUAGCCAAAAAUACAUUGUAUGGGUCAAAAUUAUUGAUUUUUCUUUUAUGCCAAAAAUCAUUAGGGCAUUGAGUAAAGAUCAUUCAUGUUCCAUGAAUAUAUUUUGUAAAUAACCUACUGUAAAUCUAUCAAAACCUUAUUUUGAUUAAUAUGCAUUGCUAAGAACUUCAUUUGAACAACUUUAAAGGUGAUUUUCUCAAUAUUUAUAAUUUUUUGCACCCUCAGAUUCCAGAUAUUCAAAUAGUUGUAUCUCGGCCAAAUAUUGACCUAUCAUAACAAACCAUACACAAAUGGAAAGCUUAUUUAUUCAGUAUUACUCAUUUUCGACAUCUCAUAAUUAAUCUCAUUUUCAAUAAUUGACCCUUAUGACUGGUUUUGUGGUGCAGGGUCACAUAUAUCCAUAAAGACACUUCACAGGUCUUCUGAAGAAAUAGAGAGAUAACAACAGUGCUUUCCUUUUUUGUUUGUGCGCCGAACUAUGUAUGUCAUAUUACAUAGAAAGUAAUUCUCUUUAACAACAGAAACAGUUAUUUUGUCUCUCAUUUUAUGUAUGGCAUAUGAGGCCAAAUUAAUAAUGUUUACCAGUUAUCAAACCUUUGCAGAAGGCCAAUCACAUCCCUCACUGAAUAUAAAUGUAUUGUGCAGUAACCAAGAGGAAAGGAAAGCGGAAAGAGGAAAUUUCUAGGUUAAAUACAGUUUAAGGUUUAUAGACCGCAUCUGUGGCAUGCUCUCAGUUACCACGUCAUCACUUAGUUUGUAAAACAAAAGCAAUGUCUUUAAAACGUAACUCCAACACUGUUGAUUUAUCUUAAAGUGUAUUUAAACCAGAAUAUUUCUAUUACUGAUACAUAAUUGUUAAAAGGUUUGUGUUAGAUGUGGGGAAGAGAUAUUUUCCUCCAUUUUUUCUUUCAUUUACUGCGCUAAUCAGUGUGCCUUGUUUGUACUUUUUCUUAUUUAUGUACAUGUUGCCUAAUUAUGUUAGUAUUUACUGUGUCAGUCAAAUACAAUCAACCUUACAUAUUCAUGAAUUGAUAAAGAUUAAACUUCUAUAUUCACUUGCUAAAAAGUAUGUUUCUAUUUUCAGAUUGAAUAGUUUUUGGUUCAUUUUGAAAACAGCCUCACAUUUUGUAUUCCACUGAACAGGUUGCCAUGUUUUGAUUGUCUUUUAUGACUUUACAGUUUGAAAGGUGUGUGGUCCUACAGAGGUCUCUUUUAUUGACAUUAUGAUAUAAGGGCAAAAGAAAGACUAGAUGUAGAUUUGGUGAUUUAUAGUUGAUGUAUUUAGGUUUUCUUUUUCUUUUCUUUUUUCCAGGAAACUUUGAUUGAAUGUGAUGGGCAGUUUUUACAAAUUUGACAUUUGAUUAAAUGAUCUUGUACUACCAGUUUCUACACCCCCUUCAACUUAAGCAUUUAUGGUGGUGGUAAUUUAUCUUUCUUUUUUUUCUUUCUUUUUUUCUGAGGAAACAUUGCAUUGCAUUGUCAUUUGCACUUUCGUAGACUAUACUUGAUACAUUCCCAGUUUGUAUGAUGUGUAGCCAAUAAACAGAAAGUAUUGGUGAUGGUUUGCUCGGAUUAAAAAGUUUAAAGUGCA